CUUCUUAAGACGUCUAGUAGGAAGACUAAAUGGAGGACAGAUAUGAUGAAUAUUUAACGGCCAUGAAGCGAGUUCAACGCGAAUCUAUAUACAGGAAUUCAGCGUCCGUGUACAUGUCGCCACGGGAGCGCCGACGUAAGAGCGAUGGAAGGAAACAAUCAACAAAUAUAGCUACGGAAAGUUUAAACGGCGUGGAGCAAGCUAAACGCAUUAGUACCAUGGCGUCUUUCGUGCCCGAUGAGAUUGUGUACAAGCAUUCUGACCUCUCCGUAAGGACGUAUGAGACAGCUCUCAUGUUUAUUGAUGUUUCCGGCUUUACAGAUUUAUGCGAAGCUUACACAAGAACAGGUCGUGGUGGACCGUCGAGAUUGACGCAGGUUCUUAAUUCCUACAUCGGUGCUAUGGUGCAAGAGAUUCUGACUCACAACGGCGACAUAUUGAAGUUCUCUGGUGACGCUUUUCUAUCGAUGUGGAAGAAAACACCCAGUGGAAACAUGCAAGAUGUUGUUCAUAAUGCGAUUGAUUGCGGACUUCUGAUACAAAAGAAUUACGGCAGAUAUGUGACUGACGUUGGUGUAGCACUUAAGGUGAAAGUUGCAAUAUCAGCUGGUGUCUCUCAUUUCUCCAUCAUCGGUGGUGGGGAGCUGUCUCUCGCGCAUUAUGUGAUAGUAGGCCAGCCCGUGUGGGACGUGAAGACAGCGGAGUAUAUGAGCUCAGCAGGUGAUGUGCUCACGACUGCUAGUGCCUGGAUAUAUGUCAAUGAAGCUGAAUACUGCACACAGCCGUGUGGAGACGGCAGACAUACGAAAGUACUUGGUAUUGGUGCGACUUGGAAGAGAGUUGAGAAAUUACAUUCAUUAAUUGCAUUUAGUAAUGAGGAACCUUUCGAAUGUACCGAGCAAAAACAUCGACCUGACGGUACCGCCGGUGUAAACUUGAGAGAAUUUUCACUACGUCCAGCGGUUGUGGCCGCUAUCCGAGGCUCGUGGGGCACGGCGCUGCGUCGCUUUAUGUUGCGCCCUAUCCUACGCGCUGUCGACAAUGACGAGCCCAUGAACUUCCUGGCUGAAGUGCGUCACGUGCUUAUCGUCUUCAUCAAUAUCAUCACUAAAACUGUGACCGCUGAUAUACUGAUUAGUGUUGUGGAUGCUGCUUAUAGACGUGUUUGCGGUGUGACAGCGGAGGCUGGUGGACUAGUCAACAAAGUGUCGAUGUUCGACAAGGACAUGAUGUUUCUCGUUGUCUUUGGUUUGCGUGGGCUCAAGCACGAAGACGAGGCACGCAAGGCGCUCGAAUGCGCACUAACUCUGAAAGAAAAUCUCAAGAACUCUAACAUCAUUAGCGUCAGUAUUGGUGUUACAUCUGGUUCCACUUACUGCGGAGUCGUAGGUCACGUUUUACGACGUGAAUACACAGUCAUUGGGUCAGCUGUUAAUAAGGCUGCUAGAUUAAUGACAACUUAUUUGGACAAAGUGACAUGUGAUAAAGAAACGUUCUUGAAGAGCAAACUGGACCAUGACCAUUUCAAGCUGAUGGAAGAGAAACCAUUGAAAGGCUUUUCCAAACCAGGACCUAUUUACGAAUAUAAUAAACAGCGUCGAUCGGACCAUCUGGGCUGCUGGAGGCACCCACUGCUAGGCCGUAACGAAGAACUUCGUAUAUACAAAAUGACUCUACAUAACGCUUUGGAACAGCAAAAUUACAAGUUCACAAGAUUUCGGGACCAUAAAUUUGGAAUAGCAUUUAUAGGCCCACAACAAGUGGGAAAAACAAGGCUUCUAGAUGAAUGCCUCUACAUAACUCCUAAGUUCGUACUUGUUAAUAGAAUUUAUUUAAAGGACUAUGAGAAGACGCCAUUUGGUUUAAUGCGUAAAAUUGUUGCCACGAUUUUUUCAAGCCAUAUGCGACCCGCAAGAGAAAGCCGAGAGAAUAGGAUAAGACUAAGUGUUGAUGUAACUUCGUUACGUGCAGUGGAGAUUUUAGCUGUGAACACAAUAUUCGAUUGCCGUUUCCCCUUGCCUGAGAAGUUUUCUUAUGCCGGAGACUUUCUCGGUGUAUAUGAUAUAAAGAAGAUUAUCAAAGAAAUUUUCAUAAAGAACAUUCCAAGCCUUCGUUUAGUUGCCGUGACAGACGCGCAAUACGCUGACGACGAGUCUUGGCGCGUCAUACUCCUACUUCUAGAUAUUAAGAAAAUCUUUUUUCUUUUCACUAUAAGAAAUACAGCUUUGACAUCAGCUGUGGCAAACACAUGUUUGGAAAAUGAUAUGAUAGUCAAGUUGGAGGUGUCCGGCAUCGACCGCUGGUACCACGCGGCGUUGGUCUGCCAAAUGUUAGAUGUUCAAGCCAUACCCGCGGACUUAGAAAAGAUGAUAGAAAGUGCCAGCAAUGGUAUGCCGGGAUGGAUCCAGAAUUUUGUCAUAUCGCUGGUACAAAGUGGAGACCUUACGAUAGCCACGGUGACUCGGAGCGAGGCGCGCGAAACCGGGGCGGUCAUGCCUUCGAUAUCCCUAUUACAGCGACCAGAUCAUGACCUCUCACUUUAUGAUGAAUCACUUGGAGCGCAGGCCAGUAUUUACAGUUUGAAUAUAAGUUUCGGGACUAAACAAGAGGCGAUGCAGGAGACUGAUGUAAUACAAAUGGCGGUUCUCGCUGAUUCUUAUACCUUUGAGGAUAUAAAAGGCGAUGUUAAAAUGGACGUUCUAAUUCUGAAGACGUACGACUCGCUAAGUCCUUUCGAGAAGAUGGUAUUGAAAUGCAGUUCAGUGCUGGGCGAGGUGUUCUCCCGGCGCGUGCUGCAACAUUUGCUACAGACGGACGAGCAGAGGAAGGUCGCACAGGCUGUAGCCAAGCUGUUCUCCAUCCGUGUACUGGAGUGCGAAGGUGGUGACUUUACGCGAGACAGUUCUCUCGUGUUAGUACAUCCAGCGCCGGUGCCUAACGACUGCAAGGCGCCGUACUGCCGUUGUUUGGGCAUUAGACCUCCACUCAAUUGUAAAGAUCUGCCAAUGUAUGCUUUCUGUGGGUACAUGAAAUUUAAGCAUAUAAUGUUUCGAACAACGACCUAUGAGUUGCUUACUGAAAAUCAAAAGCGUAAUAUGCAUACGAGGGCGUUACUGUACCUAGAACGAUACACGAGGCGUUGUGUCUCCUGCGGUGGCGGAUGCUUUGUCAAAUUUUUAGGACUUAGAUGUAACGACGGAUUAAUACGCGAAAGUGACGAACUGAAGCGUGUCCGUGAACAGAUAUCUGGUUUCAGCGCGGAGACUAAAACAGCAGACGAGCAGUAUACACACCGGUCUUUUGCGAUGCAGCCAUCUAUGGAGCUAACGAUGAACGUCCGAAGAAAUACGAAUACAACCAUAUUGACGGAAUCUGAAGGUUUGGCGGAAAAUGAGAGAAGAAUCCGUCGCUUGACAGGAGAGUAUGGCGGGAGUAGAGACGGUCGUCCAUUUUUUUCUUAUGACUUUAGCACUUGCGAGUGUUUGCCUAUUCUUCUAUCCGCAUACUGUCAGGCUGUUGACCACUGCUUUGGUGCUGAGGAAUUUGAGAAAUUGUUUGAAGCUUACCUGGAAUAUACGGAUUUAAGUGCUAUUAAUUUAAAUAUGCCGCAAGCGAUUCGUCUGCUCUUUGAAGUGGAGACCUUGAUUAAUUCUGAAAAGUUUCGUACAAAAAACAAAUGUGAUCUUGAAUGGAUAAAUGACUUCCGACUGGGGCGUAUCCUGUCGCACCGCGGUGCUUGCCUCUUGGAGUCAGGCGACCUGGAUGAAGCAAAGAAGCUGCUCCUGGAAGCAUUGAAGCUCUUCUCUGACCCUUUUCCUAGCUCCAAGCAUGCCACACGUCUGCGACAUAUGUGCGUUUCCUUUAGCCAAUUGAUGGCAUUUUACAUCGCACCUCAAUGCUACGUGGCCAGGGACCGCGGAGUGUCGGGCCAGUUCUACGAGUGUAUAGCAUGGACGCUUAUCAGUUUGAAUAAAGUAUUUAUUGAAUGUAGGGAGAAAUCCAAUGCAGUUUUAGCUGCAAAGUGGGCCAUGAAUUAUGCUCUACGCACUGACUCUAAUUUUCGACUGUUAUGUAUGUGCUAUGGGAAUAUGAUAACUUUAUGUGCUCAGGAACGAGAUUUUUCAAAGUGCGAAAUGCUGGAGCAGCGAUCAAUGGAUAUAUGUAAUCGGAAGAUUGGAAAAAUCGACGUGACAGAAGUUCAGGCCGCGGGAUAUCUUUAUACUAAUAUAUUUCUUUUUCAUGUGGAAAGUGGCAAGAGAGCGGAGAGUAUAGAACUGGGUUUGGAGGUGAUGCGUAUGAUGAGUAGCAUCACGGAGCUGAGGACGCGCCAGGUGCUCGUUCUCUGGAUCCUGAAGCUGCUGCUCGCAGAGACCAGAGUCCACGAUAUGAUCGCAAUUAUGCGAGAGUUCUUUUAUAUGACUGACCAUUACGAUUUAAGUUCCGAAACCUGGUACUAUUACUAUGCGAUGGUGAUUUUAUUGGACACGGGACAUACCGUGGAGUCGUAUAAAAGUUGCGAAAGAUUCUAUUUAAAAAAAGGCGACGCCAUACUUCGUUCCAAAACUUCUGAAGCAGCAUGGAAUUUCUUCGUUUGCAUGUGGCUUGUUACUAUACGUGUGGGCAUUUGGGAAAAGUCAAUAAUGUGGGAAGAUAAGAUAAAGCAACUUGUUUCAAUGAAGUAUGAAAGUCAUGAAUUCUGCGCUAUGAUAUUAGUAAGACUGAUCGAAGGACUGCUUAUAAGUAUGGUGCAAGAGAUAGAUAAUAGAAAUGUAAGAAAAAUUCAAAUGUAUGCGAAACUUGUAAAGUCUCUUUUUGGAGAUUUAAACAGCGCUUGCAAACAAGCUCGCAUGUAUCAACCGAGAUAUUUCUUGUUAUUAGCGUACUAUAAUUGUAUAAGUGAUAAAAAGUCGCGAGCUUUUAGAAAGCUCAGCAAGGCAACACAACUCUGUAGGCAACAUCAGAAUACUACUUUACUCAUUUGGAUUGAUCAUACAAGGAACCAUUGGAAUGGAACUUUAAAACCGAUAUUAGUGAAUUAUUGGACGGAACAUAUUAAUGUUGACCAUCAAAUGGGCUAUCGUGAAUUAGAUACUACUAAAGGCGAACAAAUAAUACCAUACACUUUGCCGUUACCGAAAGACAUGCCUAAUUAUAAUAACAUCUAAUAUUAUAGUAAAAUAAACUCAUCAUAAUAUUACAUGAAUUUAUUUUCUAUAUAUAGCAAUGUUUAAUUUAUACGCAACUGCUAUUUAGAUAAAUGUGUAGAAAAAAUAGUAGUAUAAAGUAGAGAUAUUACAUUUACCGCUACAGUAUGACAUAAAGACUAAUGUGUAGUCUUCGAAAAUAUUUAUUUGGGAAGCUUUGAGA